AUGGUAGCCGAACUCGUCCUGUCUCCCGCGGCGACGCUUGUCGAUGGACUCCUCCCGUCUCAGCUUUCCACCAUUCGAAAAUACUCGCUACUCCUCGUUUUCUGUCUCGCCCAGCUUAUUGACGUCUUCAACAACUCUGCGUUGUUCUCCGCUAUUCCGACCCUUAUCACAAGUUUGGACAUGACCGAGAGCGAGUCCACUUGGAUCAUCAGCGCCUACCAGCUGACUUUCGCAAGUUUCUUGCUCAUCAGUGGCCGUAUUUCUGACGUGUAUAAUCCUAAAGCGGCAUUUAUCACCGGGUUUUCCGGCCUUGGUUUGAUUGCUAUCGGUUCUGGGUUUGUUCGCUCGAAAAUUGUGCUCAUAGUUCUCCGUGCUUUGAGUGGAAUGGUUGCAAGUCUGACAAUACCUGCGGCGUUGACACUCCUUGUCAAGAUCUUCCCGGAACCUGCUGAGCAAGCGCGGGCUAUUGGUAUCUUCGGAGGUUGCGGCGCCAUCGGAAACGUUCUUGGUCUCAUUAUCGGCGCCAUCUUCAUACAAUAUACGUCGUGGUCUUGGGUAUUUUGGUUCAUCCCAACCGUGGCCCUGCCCAUUUCGGCGCUGUCGUAUUUCCUCAUUCCGCCCCAGUAUGAGGAUGCAAGUGGAGAUGAACCCAAAUCUUCCUCUGAGAAGCUCAAGAAUCUCGAUACCCUGGGUGUCGCGUCCCUCAUCCUACUCAUCUUUGCCGUAACGUCGGGAUCGUCAUCUGGUUGGGGCUCUGCGACCGUCCUCGCACCCCUCAUCAUCAGCCCCUUCCUCCUCGCCGGUUUCUUCUUCUACGAGCGCGCCAUUCCUGCGGCGAAGGCUGCCAUACCGCCCGCGACGUGGUUCCUGCCCAAUUUCGCGGUCCUCUUCGCCGUCGCGCUCCUGCCCUACUUCUGGUGGGUUACGAUCUUCACGAUCUUCACCAAUCUAUGGCAGGGCGUGUAUGGCUGGCAAGCGAUCGACUCCGCCGUGCAUUUCCUUCCUGUUGGGAUUGUAGCGUUCGCGGCGAGCUGGACUGGCAGCUGGGCAAAGCGGGUGUCGCCAAAGUGGAUCAUCAUGGCCGGCGAGGGCUUGAUGAUCAUCGCCACCAUCCUCAUGGCGUUCGCGUCCGCCAGGGAAGCAUAUUGGCCGUUCGUCUUCCCCGCGUUCUUGCUCGGCUCGACGGGCGCCACGCUCGCGUAUACGCAUGCCAACAUUGCGAUCUUCCAGACCUCCCUCGCGGAGUCGGACAAGAUGGCGGGAACGGUCGGCGCGAUAUUCAACGGCGCGCUGCAGCUCGGGUCAGCUGUCGGGAUCGCGGCCGUCACAAGCGUAGAAAGUAGCGUAGAGAAGCGGUCCUCUAGAGGUAUCGAGGGAUAUCAAGGGCGAGCGGCGGCAUUUUGGUUCCUCCUCGGCGUCGUCAUUGUCGAGACUGCCGCGGUGCUGAUCUUCUACCGACGGGAUAUCGCUGUCGUGGAGGACGCGGAGCGGGUCGAGGCCAAGACAGGUGACGGUGAGGCGAAAUGUACAUCAUCAGAGAAGACAUCCUUCGAUGGCGCGAGUCCAGCGCGGGAACCUGCAGGUGAGAUUGUGGAAGAACUAACAGAAGGUAGUGGCUUCACUCCCUGA